UCAACUACGUGAGAACCGAAUCCCCAAAUAUUUUCGCCGCCGUUUAUCUGGCUUCUCCGGCACUUUCUUCUCGAUAACCACCACGAUCCCGUCGGUUACCGUUUCAUCUCGUCUUCCACUGCCGCCGCUGCCGUCGGUUUCCUCGAAGUCCUUCUUCGACUUUGAUGCUGCUGCUUCUUUGAUUCGGUGUCCGUUUGAAGUUCUUGACCAUGGUUACUGAAGGAACCAAAAGGCCUCAAGUUUCAAUACCUAUGCCAGCACCACCUCGCAAAAUCAAUGUGCAGAAAUAUGCAGAAUCCCGUGCCCUUGAGCUCCAGAGUCUUCAGUGUAUCAUAGAAAAUAGAGUAAACAACGAUUAUAAGUCUCAAAGGAACAAGAGAAGAAGAACGACAGCAUUUGAUAACCAAAUUGCAAGAAAGGGGUGUAGAAGAAAGAGGCAGAGACUGGGAACAGUUGAUAAAGGCCAUGGUGAAUCAGUUUUGGGGAAGAAGCAGAUCAAGAAGCUUCCUCGGCGUGUUCGGCGAAGAUAUGAACUUAAGAUGAACCCAGAGAAUGGUUUUUGCACUUCUGGGGAUGGAACCAAGAGGCUGAGAACUCAUGUUUGGCAUGCAAAGAGGUUUGCAAUGACCAAGCUUUGGGGCUACCACCUUCCUCUAGGUCUUCAAGGAAGAGGGAAAGGUUCGAGGGCACUCUUGAAAAGGCUCAAACACGGGGUGCUAAUACAUGAUGCAAGCUAUUACACUGCUGUUCAAUUGGAGGGUCCAGAGGAUUCGUUAGUUUCAGUGUUACAAAUGGUACUGGUGCCCUUUCCAGGAACAGUAACACAUCCUGGAAAUCAUGACGACUCGGAUCUUUCUGGUGUCACCUAUGGAACUGCAAUGCUUUAUCAAAUUGGAGCACCAGUUUCUCAGCCAAUUGCUCCUGUAACCUAUAUAUGGAGACCAACUUUCCAACAAAAUACAAGUACAGAGCAAGAUGGCAGAAAUUAUAAUACUUGUGGACAACAUGAUAUCAGUGAUGAGUCAGUGAAACAUGAUGUCGAUUUAUGUGAAGAAUCAGAGAGAAUGAAGCACGGUUCUUCAUUUAGACACCUAUGGGUGUGGAUACAUGCUUCUGCCUUUGAAGAAGGAUAUAAUAAUCUAAAACUUGCCUGCCAGAAAGAGAUGGAAAAGAGGGGAUUCUCAAUUAAUUGCUUUUCACUUGAGGGUCAACUUGCGAAAUUAGAAUUAAUGGGAUCCGGGACAUUUCAACUUCUUCAGAAGAUAUUGCAUCCUGUUAGUGUUUCAGAGAAUAAUUGGCAAUUAAAGAAACAUGUGGCUAUAGAAGAAGACUGUAUUUGUCAGAGUAGUAAGUCAUCCUUACUGAAAAAUCAGGAGCAUUUUUCUUCUCGUGCAAUGUUAUCUCUUAACAUUAAGGAUCCUCGAGAAUUGCCGGGGAAAAGGACUGUUGUUCCAACAGAGCCAAUUUCGACUAAGGAACUUAGUGAUGCACAGGAAACUAAUUAUGAAGAGCUUGCUGAUUUGGGAGACAUGUUGAAGAAGAGUAAAGAUUUACCUUCAUUAUCAUGGUCAAAACAUGAAGACAGCCAGUCUAAUAUUGAUGAUCUAUGGUAUGCUCAGAUCAGAGGGUUGAGGCCCCCAGUGAAAGAGAGUGUCCUUUCUAAGGAGAAACAUCGUGAACGUAUGCUUAAUUUCUGCCUUGAUGAUAUAGAUUCUGGGGAGGCAGACUCUUCAACUGAGGUGCAAUGCUCGAGAUCUUGCCCUAUUCUGCUUUUAAAAAAUGAUUUCAAGGAAUCAAUUAUAGGAUGGUCCGUUAUACUUCCCUUAAGUUGGGUCAAAGCCUUCUGGAUUCCACUCAUUUCUAAUGGGGCGCAUGCAAUAGGUUUGCGAGAAAAGCACUGGAUUGCAUGUGAAAUGGGUAUACCAUUUUUCCCUUCAGAUUUCCCAGAUUGUAAGGCAUACUCAAGUUUUAUGGAAGCUAAAGCUGCUUCAUUCAAUGAAAAAGAAGAACUUCGUCCUCCUUCAAGAAGGCAUUUGAGAGUUCCCACUCUGCCCCCAUGGGGUAUUGUUCGCAUUACUUUCAACAAAGAGAUUAGUGCAAUGGAGACUUCUGAACCUUCAACUAGGGAAGAUUUGACCAAUGUUAAUUCAUCUCGGAACUCUUGUCCUGGAAACUUUAAAAUUCCAAAUUUUGACAGUGAUAAUAAUUCGUUUGAUGGAAUUGUAGCAAGGACAGGUUGUAUGCUGACUACUUUCAUCAAUGAAACCAAAGCUAGUCAAUUGCUAUUGUUUCCUUGUGCAGCUGAUGGAAAUGCCAUAAUCUCUAAGUUUAUUAAUGGCGAACAAAAGCUGGAUCUGACGCAUAGAAGCUCUGUCAUUUAUGACCAUAAGCUAUGUUUUCUAAGGGUUCAUCUUCACCCAUUCAAGAAAGGCUUUUUCGAAGAGGGGGCGGUUAUAUGUGCACCAUAUCCUUCUGAUAUAUCUUUAUGGACUUCAAGUUCGGAGAAAAGUGAAGAGGGACUUCAAAUGUCUCAGUCUGCUAUGAGAUUAUACUUCAAAGAGCAUUCCUCCGGUGAAUGGGAAAUGCAGAUACCAGAUGAUUCGUCUCACCGGUGGCCUAUUGGCUUUGUCACAACAUCUUGUGUUCAAGGAAGCAAGAGGCUUGUAGCAGAAGGCUUUUGCGAGGCCGUUCUACUAUCUCAUUUAAGAAAGGAACAGUGGAAGGAGAUCCCUACGAAGCAGAGGAGGAGGGAAAUAUAUGUACUUGUCAGAAAUUUAAGAUCUGUAGCAUAUAGACUUGCUCUCGCCUCUGUUGUCCUGGAAUUUCAGGAAAAUGACAUCGAUUUCUUGUAAA